AUGUCGGGUGAGGUUGUCAGCUCUAACCCUUACAGUCGUCUGAUGGCAUUACAAAAGAUGGGAAUUGUGGAAAAUUACGCUCAGUACGUUGUGUUCCUUUCCUCAUUUUUUGUCUUUUGCUUUUACAGCCCUGCUUAUUUAAAUGGGUUGAUUGGGAACAGGAAUUAAGAGCCUUUCUCACAUCAUCUCGCGCGUAGCCAACUGGCGCAGUGUAUGACGCGCUACUGUCCUCACCUCUUUGGUAUUUUGCGACACUGCUAAGCGACUCGAUCUCCACGUCAUCGAACACAUUCUCCAAACAUAACCAUAAGAUCUUUUAUCUCCCAACACUUGCACCUUUUCGUCUAUCACUUUUCUUACCUUUCGUUUAUGUCGAUCAUUCCUUGUAGGAUAAGAGAAAAGAUUGUUGCUGUUGUUGGUGUAGGAGGCGUUGGCUCGGUCGCAUCGGAAAUGCUCACACGUUGUGGCAUUGGUCGUUUGAUCCUUUUCGACUACGACAAAGUGGAAUUGGCAAAUAUGAACAGACUCUUCUUCCAGGUAUUAUUACCGUCUCAUGUAUUGUUUAGUGUUAGACCAAUUCUACGCUCGACUGAUGAUAGGUUUCAACUUUUAUUUGUUCAGUUGUAGUUAUUCCAGGCUACUAAAAAUUCGACUCUUAUUUGACCAGGUAUACCCACAUCUUCCAUAAGUCUCUGACACUUGAGAGUACGCUCGUCAAGCGCACGCGUGCGGGCGUGUGUGCCCACUAAUAUUUUCUAUAACAGCCUAUACAUCAGUAGGGUUGUUAAUCGUGGUGAAUUGGAACAUCGCGUCGUUGCGUUAAGUUCACAGGCUUAGCCAGUUGCAGCGUCCUGCCCAUAAGCAACGGUUACCUGACACUCAGAUAGAGAUGAACAACGGCGUACAGAUGAUAACAGAGGUGCAAAAUAUAGUAGACUACGGAUCAGCGACAACAAAUUAUUUAAACGUAACAGGCAGUAGAUGAAGCGUUCGCCCGUCGGUUGCCCUAAUACUGUUGGUAAAAACUUAGAAAGGCGAAGGCGGUGGAAUCAGUUUUUAACUAAUUUCUAUAAAGAUUGUGCGUAGUGCUGGGCCGUGAGGCAGAUUGUAUCGUGGGUAACGCGUCUGCUAUCACGUGCGCAAGCCUGCAGUUCGGUCUCCCUUGCAGCACUGCGGAUCUUCUGAACGCAUGAGCGGUGUCCCGCGUCUAUGCAGAAAAUUCUCUUUGUAAAAAUCCCGAAUUUUGGAGUUCAGACCGGCUGAUCUAACGUCAUCCGGUAGGGGUUUCGUCGAUGGCCGCGUUUGUAGUAGUUUUUGGCUAUGGUUCCCCUCUUCCCUAUGACGUUAACGCCACCCCCCUCCCCCCAGCAAGUCCAACCGGGUUGCGCAGACCAUGGCUUCUCGGACGCCCGAAAACCUGGUUGAAUCGCGGUCAACAGAGAGUUGUUGCAUGUGGAGAUUUCCUGGAGGUAUAACUUCGUGCAGUUUCUAGAUUCUAAGGUCGACGUCACCAUCGGGCCUUCCUUCACACAGUUUUAGUAUUUCUGGAUUGUGCCUGGCGACGGCCUAAGCCUCUUAGGAGGAUAGGCACCAUAGACCAUGCAGUACCGCUAUUGUUUAUGACCCUUUUAUAGGUGGUCCAUUUGCAACAUUGACCCUUAGCCACUCUGAAGGUAUUUGCCCUGCGUGGCUCGCUUGCAAUGUAGCCAACCUUACUAAAGACUGUUCCACUAUCUGCCAGCCGAUGACGCUUCAGAUGUCCCAGUUUUAGGCCAACAGUCAGACUUGUUUUAGGCUAUCAGUUGGCUAAUUUCUUCUGAUUUCGUCUUUACCCCGUCGCUCGAGAGGAAGUUAGACCACAUGAUAGCAGAAGCUAAUCACUCUCCGAAGAGCUGUACUCAGGGUAAAUGAUCGUGGAAGAUUUGAGGCGACUAUUUUCAUCCUUAAGGUUGUCUUCACUUGUCCGCACUUGGAAUAGGGUCUGUCUUUUUGAUGUCGUCAUUACUUCCGUAACUCCCAACUCUCACAAGUAUUCACUGUUUUCAUCUGCCGUAGCUGUUUGCGGAUUAAGGAGACGCUGCUGGGGAAAGACGAACGUGUUGUAACUCUGUACUAUCCCAUCAACUGAUGACUAAAACCCAAUUUUGUAGAAGCAUUGGGUUAGAUAUAUCUGGCGGACGACGACUAGUAAGGCGGAAAUGGCCAUCUCUGUAUUCCCUGUCUUCUUCAGUGUUCCUUUCCCCAUAACACCUUACUUUACCCUCUUUGUAGCCUCACCAAGCAGGACUGAGUAAGGUGGAGGCAGCGGCUGCCACACUACGCUCCAUCAAUCCGGACGUGAAGAUCCAGGUUUACAACUACGACAUUACCCUGGUGGAAAACUACGAAAACUUUUUAAACGUCCUCAGGGGCAAGGAGAACGCAUCUGGGCCAGUCGACUUGGUGCUCAGUUGUGUUGACAAUUUCGAGGCUCGUAUGACCAUCAACAAGGCUUGCAACGAGCUCAAUCAGGUGUGCUUACCAUCUGUUUUCUCUUAGCGGGUCAUUUUAGAGUCGAGAUUAUCUAUCUGACUUAUAUUCGGUGAAUAUAGGUACCUCUCUUGCGUGGACCCGUCAACUAUUGGAUUAACUGUGGGCCAUUCGUUAACCAACAUCGGGGCCAAGAAUGGCUACCGGUGAUACCCAAUUAAUGUGAGAGCUGAUGACCAACUUCAUCCCCACCCUUACGUCUUCAGCAGAAGGCUUGACUCGCAAUAGCAGUAGUUGCCUACUAUCUUGAGAGCCUUACCGCGUUUACUGUGACCGGGCAGAUAUCUUCCCCCCUCAAAACUGUAGCCAGUAGUCUUUUCUGGGAGAAUUAAUUCUAAAUCCCACCUCCAGUACCUCCGCAUCUGUCUUAUACGUUGCAGAUUCGAUUUUUGCAAGGGAAAUCGACAGUAUCGCGGUGUCAUCAAUACAGUUAUGGCUCACAGUGCAAAGGCCACGGCCUUAUAUUGCACAGACGAUGGCCUACCAACGCUUGUUAAAAAUCCUGUCAUGUAGUUUUUAAAAGAGUUGGUGAGAGAGCGCAGCCCUAACGCCGGAAGUGGCACCAAAAGCAUUUUAUAUCACCCCAGUGUCUAGUUAUCUAGUUCGUCCGGUCGUGCUGUGAAACGCGCCGACACUACUACUACUACUACUACUACUACUACUACUACUACUACUACUACUACUACUACUACUACUACUACUACUACUACUACUACUACUACUACUACUACUACUACUACUACUACUACUACUACUACUACUACUACUACUACUACUACUACUACUACUACUGCUACCACUACUACUACUACUACUACUACUACUACUACUACUACUACUACUAAUACUACUACUACUACUACUACUACUACUACUACUACUACCACCACCACCACCACAACCAUCAUCAUCAUCAUCAUCAUCAUCAUCAUCAUCAUCAUCAUCAUCAUCAUCAUCAUCAUCAUCAUCAUCAUCAUCAUCAUCAUCAUCAUCAUCAUCAUCAUCAUCAUCAUCAUCAUCAUCAUCAUCACCGCGAUUGUCGCCUAAAAGCCCCCCCCCCAAAGUGGCGUGAGUCAGCAAGCACCGUAUCGAAGAGUUAUCUGCGCUAAUAAAAGUUCAGAGCGACCUACUUCAUGUCAGACCUCCUCUUUUCUAGACACCGAUGCUUACCUGGUAGAGUACGCUUUUCGUUUGUUAUUUUAACAGUUCUCCACCUGCUCUUUCAGGUCUGGUUUGAGGCCGGCGUGAGCGAAGAUGCCCUCAACUGCCACUUCCAACUAAUGUAUCCCGGGCGAACACCGUGUUUUGAGUGCAUGCCUCCUCUGGUGGUCGCCUCGGGUCUGAACGACACUAAGGUGCUCAAGCGGGAUGGUGUAUGUGCUGCUUCACUGCCUACCACAAUGGCUAUCGUCGCCGGACUCAUGGUGCAAAACGUGCUGAAGUUCCUCCUGUCUUUCGGCGAGGCAAGAUUACACUUCCAUUUUGCCCUAUCAACCAGACUGUCUGUAGCCGCAUCUGAGGCAAUCAAACUCCAGUCGCCUGUAAUACGGGACCGGUGGUAAUAGGGGUUUUUACAGGUGGGGCCGGCGAACGCACAGGCGACGAGGUUAAGUAAUUGUAUACAAAAGAAAAGCCAUUAGGAAUGCUCGGUUGUACUUUGAGUGGUUGAGAAGUAGUUGCCCAACCCCUAACCAAUCCUAAUCUCAACAGUCUUCUGUCCAUUAGGUGCGGCUACAUAACCACAUCUUGCUCACACUUUUAAUAAGCUUCAGCACCAGUAACUCUUGCCACUUUUUGCAGGGCCGCCUAUUUUCCCUCUAUCAGCUGAAAAAUUACAGACAGAGCACAGCGGUCCUACUGGAUGACAGGCAUAGGUUCACGUAGGCAGCGCACUCACCGCCGCUCGUUUGAAAAUUGCGGACAGUUCUUCAUGCCUAGUGGGUUAUUUUUUCAACAUCGGGUGGGUCGGGAUCCACUUUGAGGUUGUACAGUCAUGCCAAGUACACUUUUUCCCUGUGAUGGGUCUUCCUCAUUGAUGAAUUUGGGACCCCGCUAUACGCAUCGAUGGACUUGGUGGGUGCUGUUGUUCAUGAAGCUAUGCCUUAGACAGCGGCAACAUCCCGAUGACCUUCAGUGAUCGGCUAAAUUGUGUGAACGCACACGGUACAUGUCUCUUCAACAGCGCAUCCUUUGGUUAGACCGAAAUACAACUGCACCUCCUGAGAUCAACCCCCCCCCCCGGCAUCACUUAAACGUUAUCGUCCAAUGCUGUUCAUGACGUGCACAUAUACAUACCGAGUAUUUCCUGCUUUAGCCCCACAUCGUCGAAUAUUACAAGUACAGCCGUUAGUCAUUAUGAUUGCAUUUUGUACCAUAUCGGUAGAGGACACUGCAUAAAUGCGGCGCGUUUUCUUUCGGCCUUUUGACGUACUUUGCCACCAAGAAAAUAAAAAAGGAGAACAUACUUUCACAUGUACCAUUUUCGGGAUAUAUUAUCGAACGUCGGCCGAACCAUCGUAGUCCAAGGAAAUGAAUAUGAUGAACAUAUAUUGUCUAAGAUACCAUUUUCAAGGUCGAUAGCCAAAUGCAGUCGUUUGUCCAACUCAUGUAAGGAGCAGCCAUGAAGGCGUAGUGGACUUCAGCAGCCGCCGGUGAGGUCUUAGCAGAUCUGUGCAAGGACGCACUGCUUACUCCCUCAAAGAGGCGGAGACCGCAAAAAAAGUCCCUAAUAAGGUGCUGAUUCACGCAGUCUGCACAACUGACCGUGGCUGCCGGACGCUAGACGACAGUUCGACCGCCGCUACCGCUACGACGUCCACCGCGUGUGUGUCCCACGGAGUUCUUACGGAACUCACUCGUUCCGUUGUGCCUUACGGGCUCUCUCUCGAGCCCAACCAGCAGCCGCACAGCGACGCAUGAUGUAGACAGUACGUUAUUACCGACAAAUGCAAGGGAGACUGGGAUUGCCAUUUCGUCGCUGAUUUUGCUAUUCCACACGAUUGUGCUUUCCAGGUACGCGAAGUGACCUGCAGCUGAAAGUCAAUAGUCGUUGACAGUUGCCGUCGGUUAUGUGUAGUAAACAGUUGCCGCCAGCCAGCGUGUUUAGCCGUUUAUUGCAUUUCAGUGAUUAAUCAAAAACUCGUGCAUUUGGAGGCGAAAAUGCCCAAACCUCCCUGCAUUUCCAUCUCAAGUGUUGUGUUCCAUGUACAUUUAGCAGUGGAUGGGAGGCUUUAGAAGUUUUAAUGAUUGCAUGCAUACGGCUAGUACCUUCGGUUCGAUAAUUGAUGCGAUAACUGAACGGCCCUCUUGCCAUCGCGUAGGAUAUAAGACCGAAGAGAUUUGGGACGAAAGCGCAACCCUGUUGCAUCCCAUUAGUGGCGACGAAUUGUUUUUAGGUGGACUCUUUGCCUGUGGUGGGCGCAUGGGGACAUUUUGUAGUUGCCCAAGUCCCCGAAAUUCCAUUAAUGCCAUCAUCGGUUUUGCAGUUUUUUUCGGCCGUGGUAGGUACCUGUCCGCCCUAUUUUCAGAGCCACUUGUCAGCAUCUAAUUCCUAUAGAUUGCCGAUCGCUCGUGCAAGACAAAUUUAUCUUUCCCCUCUUUCUUCACAGGUCUCUAGCUACUUUGGGUACGGUGCUGCCAAGGACACAGUCUACCGGGUUUCCCUAAGACCGAAUCCAUCCUGUGCUGACUCCUGGUGUCGCAAGCGACAGACUGAUCGACGAGUCCAACUGCUGUCUCGGGGUCUGCCGGAGGACUCUGACUGGGACGCGGAAUUGAAGAUAGCAGCUCGGGCAGAGGUCGAGCGCCUGCGAGCUGCCGCCGAGACCCAGCCUCUGCAUGCUGAAAAUGAGUUUCAGAUUGAAUUGGUGGAGGAGGGCGGUGAGGAAUCUGGCGCGGCCGUUGUGAUGCCCACUGGCGAUUUGGCUGCCUCUGCUAGCCCUGCUACGGCCGUCGAAGGGCCCGUAGUUAAUACCAACGAGGAGAGUCUGGAAGACCUCAUGAACCGUAUGAGGCAGCUCAAAUAA